UCAAUUUUCAUUUGCAGCCUGAUUAUUAUCGCGAUGCUGCACAUUUUCACCGAAUCGAAGAUGGGCCUGAAUACCGAUUGGAAAUACCAAAUGCCAAAAUAGAUUACACUGGUACCUACACGGUGUACGCGAAAAAUUGCCAUGGAGAUGCCAAGGCAAUUAUAUCACUUCAAAUAAAAGUUAGAGAUCCAAAUACUUCAAACGAAGCUAUGGGAAAGAAGAAAAUAGGAGAAAUACAAACAGUUCCAACAAUUUUAAAGGAUCUCAGUGAUAUCCGUUGUUGUGAUGGAGAUUCGGCGACCUUUGAAUGCCAGUUCAGUGCUACACCUCCUCCCGAUAUCCGCUGGGAAAGGUCAGGAAAGCUGAUCCACUUAGGAGGUGAUUUCAAUGCCGACUUCGAUGGCGAAACUGCCAGAUUGUCCAUAAGUCAAGUCUACCCUGAAGACGAAGGAGAAUAUACUUGCGUGGCGUAUAAUGAACUAGGAAAAGCUGUCACAUCCGCCUGUCUCAUUGUCGAUCUGGUCGACCUACAAGUCCUCCAGGACGAAGAUUUGACCACCCUUGUGAAGACUGACCCAUCACAAACGGUGCCGGGAAUGCUGGAAGAACUGUGCGUCAGCUCCCAUGCGAAAUUUUUUUGUGGCGUUUACAAAAUCAUACUCGAAAACGAUGUUGGUAGAGUGGAGACAUCUGCUAAGCUAGACGUUAUAGGUCAUAGAGUACCUUCAUCUAGAGGUAUCAGAGCUCGCAGUUUGUCACCAAGAACAGCCCCAAUCUACCCCAGGAAUAUCAUCAGUGGUUCUGCCAGAUUAGGAAGUAGGGCAAGGCUUUAUUGUGAUAUCCGCGCCACACCUAUGCCGAACCUCAGAUGGUUCAAAGAUGGCGCACUUCUGGAAGAUUCAGAUAAAUACUGCAACUCUUACGAUGGAUCAGUUGCUGCAAUUGAAAUCGAAACCGUAUCUAUGAAUGAUGCUGGUUUAUAUACCUGCAUUGCUGAAAAUGAGAAUGGAUGUGCUGAAACUCAUGCCUUUCUUGAGGUAUACGAGGAGGAUCCUGUUCCACCUGAAAUCCUGAAGAGUCUGGAUAAAAACAUAGUAGCAGUCGAAGGUAAUCCUGUUACUUUGAGAGUAGAGGCCAUUGGAACGCCGCCCUUUGACGUUGUUUGGAUGAAGGAUGGCUGUAUUCUGCCUGAUUGUCAAGAUUUCAGACAGGGUGUUUCUAACGAUGGAAUUUUCACGCUAGCCCUACCAGAUGCUUACCCACAGGACUCUGGAGACUAUAGAUGUGAGAUUUACAAUUCAUGCGGAGAUUCAUUCUCUACUUGCCACUUAACAGUUCUAGAGAAAGAUAUGGACAUUCCUCAAAUAGAAUUUUUGAAACAUCCAUCUCCAGUGAUGAUAGCUGAGGGAGGAAACGCUUCAUUCUGUGUUCGAGUUAGAGGUUCAGAUGAAGAACAGCCAAUCAUUCAAUGGGAAGUUGCAGGUCAACCAGUAGUACCGUCUGAAAAAUUUAGGGUCGAGGAAGACGGUGACGUCAGCAUUCUUCACAUCGUCGGGGUGACGCGGGCCGAUGCCGGACCCGUCAAGUGCUUCGCUGGAAGAGGCGGCCAGUCCGCGAUCGUCGACUGUUUCGAAUCGACGUACGUCGCGAGCUGCGACGCCGAACUCACGAUUCACGACCGAUCCGAUAGCUGUAGUGACAGUGGAGCCUCCAUGGAGGAGCGAGAAGAGAUGGAGGACGUGGAAGAGGCGGCUGCCAUGCUGCUCAGGGGACCCCAGGACACUACCGCCCUUGUGGGCGAUCGGGUGCUGCUCAAGGCCACCUAUUUGGGUCAUCCGGAACCGAGCGUGCGGUGGACCAGAGCGGGUCGUGAGUUGAAGAAUGACGAACGAACGAGCAUAACAUCUGGAAACGGCGUUUCUUGUCUUCUACUGCAAAAUAUUACCGCGGACGACAGUGGGAAAUACGACGUUUGCGUCAAGAAUGUUUAUGGCGCCGACUGCAAUUACGCUUCAGUGUCUGUUGAAGGACCACCGGAUCCUCCGAGUGGUAAACCUUGUAUAUCGGCCAGUCAAGACAACGUUACUGUAGCUUGGAGCAGCUCCCCUUACGAUGGUGGUAAAAUAGUCAACGGCUACGCCCUCGAGUACUCGAUGGUCGGAAGCGACAUUUGGACCGUACUGGCGGAUGAGUGCCACUCUUUGAGUUACGUUGUUAGAGGGCUGCAACCCGGUGGGAGGUAUGUGUUCAGAGUUCGAGCUUUCAACGUCCACGGAUAUAGCAGGCCGAGUCUGGAAUCCGACGUGGUCAUUUUGGAGGAACACGAUGAAUCUAUUUCGUUCGAACCAAGAAUGGUAUCUGUUGAACCUGGACCUGAAUUCAAAUCUCGAUAUGACGUUUUUGAAGAAAUAGGAAAAGGACGAUUUGGUGUCGUUCAUAAAGUGAUCGAAAAAGAAACGAAUCAAAAACUUGCCGCCAAGUUCAUUAAAUGUAGGUCUUCCAAAGAUAAAGAUAAAGUACAAGACGAAAUUGAUAUUAUGAAUCUCCUGAGACACCAAAAACUUUUACAACUAGCCGCUGCUUUCGAACAUCCCAGAGAAAUGAUAAUGAUUAUGGAAUACAUUUCCGGUGGUGAGCUAUUCGAAAGAGUGGUUGCUGAUGACUUUACGCUUACUGAAAAAGACUGUAUUUUAUUCAUGCGACAAAUUUGUGAAGGUGUUGCCUAUAUGCACUCUCAAAACGUCGUCCAUUUAGACCUGAAACCUGAAAACAUUAUGUGUCACACUAGGACAUCACAUGAAAUCAAGAUUAUCGACUUUGGAUUAGCUCAAAAAAUUGAUCCCAAGGAGCCUGUUCGAGUUCUUUUUGGAACUCCUGAGUUCAUUCCCCCCGAAAUCAUCAGCUACGAACCUAUUGGAGUAGAAUCGGACAUGUGGUCUUUGGGAGUGAUAUGUUAUGUAUUGCUGUCCGGUUUGUCGCCAUUCAUGGGCGAUAACGAUUCUGAAACAUUUGCCAAUAUCACUCGGGCUGAUUACGAUUUUGAAGAUGAAGCGUUCAAUACUGUUUCGCAAAAUGCCAGAGACUUCAUUGGAGCACUUUUGGUGAAGAGAAAGGAAGAUCGUCUAUCGGCGGAACAAUGUCUCAAACACGUUUGGCUUGAUCCAGAAACCCACCAAGAAACAGUUGUUUUGUGCACGGACAAACUCAAAAAAUUCAUCAUUCGUCGCAAAUGGCAGAAAACAGGCAAUGCAAUACGUGCCCUGGGUAGGAUGGCUACGCUUUCUGCAAGCCGAAGGAAUUCCGCCAAUUCAACUCCAAACACCCCACGAACCUCUCUCUCUGGAACAUUGAUUCCGAGAAUGUCCAGUCUGAACGAGGAAGAUUCGCCAAAUAACAGCAUAUCUAAUGGUGCGACUAAAGUUGAGUUGGAUGAAAUUUGCAAAAAUAUAGAAAGCUUCUCCACGGUUGAAACUUCUCCUGAAGAGAUCGAGGAAACUUAUACCCCUCACAGACCUGUUACGGAUAUCAAGAAUGGAACCAGUAAAUCCAUUACAACAAGAGCAUGUACCGAAAGAAGUGAUAGUGGAAUUAGCGAUUGUUCAACACUUCUCACAACGGGCAGCUGUACUUCUACUCCACUACUAAGUAAAAAGUUUCGCAUCAACGAAGAAGUUGAAUACUCGAAUGAAGACAAAGUCUUCAACACGUCGGCAACAUUAUUCCUGGGCAAUAAAAAUAACCUCGAAAAUAACUCUAAUGGGUUAGGGAAUAGUGGUAAACGAAUCAAUGACAAUAUCGAACAACGAACUGAAACUGAAUCUACUGAUAAAUAUCGAAAUGGGUAUGGACAAUCUGAAGAACAUAUGGAGGAAGAUGGUCAAAUUUAUAAAACAUCUGUUGAAAAUUUCCACCUGAAAUCGGUUUCUAAUUUGAAGUUGAGUGAAAAGAUUGAGUCUUUUAGUAAUGCAUCUAUCAAAAGUAAACCGCCAAGUGCGUCAGAUGGCCUGAAGAGGUUGCCAAUUUAUAUUUCCAGAACUGUAGCUGGGACAAUAAAGAAAUUUGAUACCCCCGACAAAUCGACAUACUCUAUGAGAAAAACCAUCGACCAACAAAACAAAACCAUGUCGAAUACAAUACUUCGUGACAGUUGUAAUGAUGGUAAUCACGAUAAAGGAAGUAGUGUAGAAUCAGUUACUACAAAAGAAUGCGAACCUGUUUCUAGAGUUGAAAAAAUUGUAGAGAAAUUUUCAAGUAAUGAAAAAUUGUCUGAUGAUGUGUUGUCCUCCGCUUCAACUACCAUUAGGUACAGGAGUCCUUCUCCGUCUGUAUUGAGGAAAACCCACGCACUAAUAGCCAAAGGACAGUGUAAUGAUGAAUAUAUGCUUAAGGCUGGCAUGGAUAGUUCUCAACUCUCUCCAAAGUUGGCACCGAAAUUUGGUUCAAUCAACAUCACUUCUCCCAAAUCUCCACUUGUAAAUAGAAAAGACAAACCAAAAAGUGAGAGUUUCCAGAAAGCUGCUGCUUUUUGGAAUUCACCAAAAACUUGAAAACGUUGAAAUACCUUCACUUUAUGUGUGUAAAUCAUAUUGUAUAUAAUAUAUUUUAAAUAUUACCAAAUCAAGUGCCUUGAAAUGAAAUAUUGAACUAGAUUAGAUUAAAAGUUUUAUUUUUGUGUUUACAAGAACUGUUGUACCCUCCAAUAUCGAAUAUAUAUUUAUUGAUAUCUAAUUAAUCCAAUGAAAUACUCAUUGUCCAA